AGAUAUAAAUUUGGUCACGUUCUCUUUGUUCAUGUAACAAAACUUUAAACAUGUCAACGGAAGAGCGUGGAAGGAACUUCCAACGUUGGAGUUAGAGUGAGAGGUGCUAUGCUCAUUCCCAUCAACUGAAGGUAGUUGAAGAAAUGGGUCAAGAAUUUUUGUCCUUGUUUCAGCUGGAAACAAAGAGAUUGUUAUGCCUCGUUGGCAUCACAUUUGUGGUGAUCUUAGCUUUUCAGUAUCGUGAGCUUCCAUAUGGAAAUGUUCUACUCUCUCUACUAUCUGCUGAGAAGAUACCCACAUCAGGAAGUAGUGUAUUACAGGCUUUAGAUCCACCACCCGAGUUCGAAAUUGUAAACAAUGUGACAAUACUCAACCAAGCAAACUCUACCGUGGACAAUGCCGUUGAGAAAACUAAUAAAACUUUGAUUUCUGAUAAAAAGGACAAUAUUGCAACUACUGGUUUUGUCUUGGAACCAGGAAACAUGCCAAACAAAUCUCUAGGAUUUGAUGAGUCUGAGAAAAGUGACAUUGCAGAAAGUGUUAAGAGAUCAAACAAUGUACCUGAAACACAGCAGGUUGGAGAUUUUGGACCCAGCAGUUAUAACAAUACUAUUGGUUUGCUUUUUUCAGCGAAUCGUUCCGGAGAAGAAAACAUUAAAUCAACACCUGAACAUCAAUCUGAAAGUCCAUGUGCUUAUUCUGCUUUCCCUUCUCCUGAAAAAGCACCAACAUAUCUAUCCCCAUCUUUCAUAUCUACAAUGAAUAUGAGCACAAAUCUUGUAUCUGCAGUGUUAUCAAAUGAUUCCAACAUAUCUUUAUUUCAGAAAGACAACAUAACUGAUUCCACGAAGGAAGAGAGUUCUAGGCCAUCACAUAAUGAUGGAAAUAAUUCCUUCGUCAACACUGUGCCUAAGGAGAAUCAUGAUUCUCAUACACCAAUUCCAGAAGUAACAUCAGUAUCUGAAAUGAACAAGUUAUUGCUUCAAAGCCAUGCUUCAUAUCGUUCUAUGAGGCCUAGGUGGUUUUCAGCUGUUGAUCAAGAGCUGCUAAAUGCCAGAUCAGAGAUUGAAAAUGCACCAAUUGUAAAGGAUGAUCCAAAUCUUUAUGCUCCCAUUUAUCAUAAUAUUUCCAUGUUCAAGAGGAGUUAUGAAUUAAUGGAAAAAUUUCUCAAAGUGUAUGUAUACAGAGAAGGAGCUAGACCCAUACUACAUUCACCAUUUUUCACGGGAAUUUAUGCAUCUGAGGGAUGGUUCAUGAGACUGAUGGAAGCUAAUAAAAGAUUUGUAACUGAAGACCCAAAAAAGGCCCACCUAUUUUACUUGCCUUUCAGUUCAAGGAAGCUAGAGGAAGCAUUGUAUGUAGAGGGUUCACAUAGUCAUAAGAACCUAAUUCAGUAUCUGCAUAAUUAUGUAGACAUGAUUGCAGCAAAAUAUCCUUUCUGGAACAGAACUGGUGGUGCUGAUCAUUUCCUUGUUGGUUGCCAUGACUGGGCCCCAGCAGAAACAAAGGUGCACAUGGCCAAGUGCAUAAGGGCCCUAUGCAAUGCUGAUGUAAAAGAAGGCUUUGUUUUUGGGAAGGAUGUGUCUCUUCCAGAGACAUAUGUCCGCAACGCGCUAAACCCGACCCGAGAUCUUGGUGGGUAUUCUGCAUCAAAGAGGACAACUCUGGCAUUUUUUGCAGGGAAAAUGCAUGGUUACGUGAGGCCAAUUCUAUUGCAGCACUGGGAAAACAAAGACCCUGACAUGAAAAUAUUUGGUACAUUGGCAAAGUCUAAGGGAAACAGGAACUACAUUGAGUACAUGAAGAGCAGCAAGUAUUGCAUUUGUGCCAAAGGCUAUGAAGUGAACAGUCCAAGAGUUGUGGAAGCUAUUUUCUAUGAAUGUGUUCCAGUUAUUAUAUCUGAUAAUUUUGUGCCACCCUUUUUUGAGGCCUUGAAUUGGGAAUCCUUUGCAGUUAUUGUUAUGGAGAAGGAUAUUCCUAAUUUGAAAAAUAUACUCCUUUCCAUUCCAAACAAAAGGUAUCUUAGCAUGCUGAUGAGGGUCAAAAAGGUGCAGCAGCAUUUCCUUUGGCACAAGAACCCUCUCAAGUAUGACAUCUUUCAUAUGAUACUUCAUUCUAUUUGGUACAACAGAGUCUUCUCUGCACCACCUAUGUAACAACUUGAAGAAAGGAUUGGAUCCUCU